UGAUUUGCCGAAGCUGAGCUAUAUACAAUGUAUAGCGUGAUGCAGAGACACACUCAAAAGUUUUGGUUUUGGGCCUGUCUCCAGAGAAUGACAAGCGCUAUUGUACGUCACACGUUCUUCUCACGACACGCGGUUAUUUAUUUUAUCAGAGUUUCGUUUGAUUAGAGCUUUCGAGCAAUUGUCCCUGUGUUUUGAAAAUAUAUCGCGCAGCGAAUACCGUUAAAAGUGUUAAGACGAUUGAUUAUAUACUUAUUGCACUGAAUGAAGUGACUCUGUCAAGCAGACCGGCUAUAUGCAUAGACGCCUCUGUACCGGCACGACACUGGCCCGAUGCUGGGCACUCUCGCAGAAAGUUUCUAAGUCCUUAGGUCUGAUCGUCCGUCUCCGAGCAGUUUUUAGAGAUUUUCAUCCACAAGCCCGCGGGCUUUAAGCUAUACGACACAUGUGACCUUUUGGGCGUUUCAUUAUAUGUAUAAGUCGAUGGAUAAGUCACUUCACACGAGACUGGCACAAUGCUGUUCUAGUAUCGGCAGAAAAUUUAGAGACAUACAAACCGGCGCCGAAGGUAAUAUGAGGCACAGGAUGAAGCUCGAGCUUGUACAAACCGUUUUCCGACAUGGCGAGCGAACCAACGACGAGCCUGAGGUCAGCAUUUUCAACCAUUUUGGUCCAAGCGCCUAUGAGCCUUUUGGGAUUGGCCAAUUAACCAACAAUGGAAAAAGAGAAGCUUUCAAGAUCGGCCAAAUGCUGAGACGGAGGUAUCGGGAUUUCCUGGGUGACAAAUACAACUCUAAGGAUGUCUUCGCGAUAUCUACUGAAGACGAUCGCACGAAAAUGUCGCUGCAACUUGUGCUCGCCGGACUCUACCCGCCGACUCCCGAAUUUGCAUGGAAUCCAGAUCUCAAGUGGUCGCCUAUUCCCAUUCGUUACACGCCGAAAGAGGUUGACAUUCUAUUUAAACCGUUCUUCAACGUUAGGUACUACGAUUUGUGGGAGAAGGUAUUUACCUCGAAAGAGUUUCAGAAAAGAAUGUCCAGGUAUUCAGACUUCUUCGAUUUCAUGAAAAAAAAAACAGGUGUUGAUGUCAGCAACGAUGUGGUGAAUAAAUGCUACAUGUUCAACAGUCUUUAUAUUCCUAAACAACUGAACUUACCGAUGCCGGGCUGGUACACGGAAGACGUGCAGAAGACCUGGUGCAAAGUCUAUGCGCAAAUUGUAAGCAGUAUGGCAGCGACUCCGCAGUUGCAGAAGAUGAAUGGUGGGCCCAUCGUCAAGACCCUUCUGGAGAACAUGAAUAUCGACAAUACUACGAUCAAUCCGCGCAAGAUCUACCUCUAUAGUGGACACGAUCACAAUUUGUUCUCUCUCAAAGUGAUAUUCGGACUGAAUGAGCCUGACUUCUUCGACGUUGGCAGUGGCUUGGUGCUCGAGAAGUGGAGAGAUGUUGAUGAUCGAUUGUACGUUAGGAUACUUCUGUGGACUGUACCUGGCGAGGAGCCCCGAGCGGUGAGACUUGGUCAAAGAGACGAAUUCUGCCCUGUGGAGGAGUUUGCGAUGAUCUUCAGACAUGUGAUUCCAACGGAGGAAGAUAUGAGUCAGAUGUUCAAUGAUAUGACUGCAGACAGAUGGAUGAAUAUUUUUCUGCUUGAUCCAGCUGUUCAGUUGAAAUGAAUCGAAACAUGGUGAACGUCGAGUGAAACUCAUAUAUUUUUCUAUCGUUAUGUAGUGAAUAAUGCAAUGAGCGUUGUUGUUGAGAAUAUCAUUUGUUGCUCUUACUCGAAGAAGUUAAGAUGUACAAUAGUGAACGAUAUUAAUUUUACUGUGCAAUAUAAAUUUAUGUGAAGAUUAUUAACUUUUGUAAUACGUAUUUCAUCAAAUAUUAAAAGAAAAUAACUGAUCUUGUGACAGUAAAAAGCAGAUUUCUAAUCAA